AAUAGGCUUUGUUUUUACCGCGCUGAGCAGGAACCGGUGGAGAGGGGGUGUGUGUUUACGUGCGGGACAAAAUCGACAAUACAUAGCCAAUAAAAUAAAUACAUGCCUAUAUAGGUCAUUGAAACGCUUGGCUAAUUUAGGUUAAGUGCGAAAACUAUGUUUAAAGCAUAGUAAACAAGCGACUGCUUCACACAUUCCUCUUUGUAUAUGUCGCACUCAGUCAGCUACUGAUCACGGCAAGACCACAUGGAUCCCGACGGAGGUGAAUUGGACUCCUGCCUGCCGCAGCCGGAGAAUCCGUGUCUCAUUGUGGAGGAUUCACAGCCGGACAGCGUCGCCUUGGAAGACGACCCCGAGAGCAGCUACCGUGCUGUGCUGGCCCGACGUCUAUCAAACCUGCAGCCCAGCGCAUGCAGCCCGGUCCUGGAGCUGAUAUCAUCACCACCUGGAAGUAGAGGCUCUCAAAGCCAAUCUGAAAGCUGCCGCAGUAACAGCCAGGCUGGACCUGGCAUUCUUGCUCUGCCCAACAACAGUUCGGAAUGCCAAGAGGAUUGUCAAGAAGAGGAGAGUCAAGUUCUCACCAUUAACCCGCCAAACAAACUAAAGGAUAAUGUGCCAAUGGAUUCUGAUUCCACCACACCUUGUGAGCAGGCUGAAGAUGCAAACUCGCAGUUUGGUUUCCUUGCACUAUCUCAGAGUCAGGAUUAUGUUGUCGAUGAACUGAAUAGUCAGAAGGGAGAUGAACGUAAUAAACCUCGGACAGUCGGUGGAAACUCGCACUUUGGUUUCCUUCCGCUUUCUCAGAGUCAGGAUGUUGUUGAAGUAAAUAGCCAGAAGGGUGAUGAGCGGGACAAGACUCGAGCAGUCAGUGAGACAGACUCCAAAUUAGAGCACACCAUCAACACUGUGACAUCGCAGGAUCUGAUAUGCAAAGUAGUCAGAUCUGAAGUGAGCUCCAGCAGCCAGUCAGAACAAACACUGAAUGUUCAGGUUUUGCUGCAGUCCCAGUGCCUCAAGGACUCUGGUGAGCCAGAACAGCGGGACCGUGGAAUGAUGUCAUCUCAGCAGGACAUGUUUGAUGCUGACAAGUCAGGUGCUGCAGUAGACAGUACAGUGUCUGAGCCGGAGCAACAAGGUUAUUCCACUUCAACACCAGCCCAAACCCUCCGGCUAUUGCAGGAAACAUUGAUACCGGAGAGCUUAUCGCAGAGCUCUGUUGAUUAUGUUGCCCCAACCCCAGACAACUUUCUCCACGCAUCUUUGAUUGUCCCCAACUCACCAAGAGGAGCAGAGAGCCAACAUGGUGCCGAUGAGUCCAUGGAUAGCCUGCAGCCUAAAGAGCGAGCUGCUCCACAGGAAGAAGUGCCGAUGGAAACGGAGGGCACCUCUAAACCACAACUACCCACCUCAACUGCUGUAUCCCAGAGUUCUUGUUGUUUUGUGUUAGAGAAGCCUCUCUCUAUACCUUCUCAGCCAGAGUUCUCACACGAUGUGUUUGUCCCAACACAGAGUCAGGAGGCUCCAAAGCCAUCUGCUAACAAGACUGACUCCUUGUCUGUUGAGUCUCCUUGCAAGGAAUCAUCGUCUGCUUUCACAUUGCCUUUACAGCUCUGUGAAGUGAAUACGGAUGAUGACAACUCAUCCCAGACGUCAGAAGAGAUCAUGGAGGACACCCAGGAUACACAGAUUGAAGAACUGGAAGAGCGGUCUGUCGUAGAUAAUACUGACUCUGCGUUUUCACACAGUGAUCAGAGGAGUGAGUGCAACGGUGUCCGUGCUGAAUCACAAAGUGCCCCCAUUUCUAAACCGUCCACUCAGCUAUCACCUUUCUUGAAUUUACCCAACCUGAAUGUAAAAGCAUGUGAGACUGCUAUCAAGGAGUCAAGCCCUCCUAAAGUUGUGUCCUGUUCUCAAUCCAAGAUUCAAUCUUCAGAUGUGAUUGUAAACAGCUUUGUGCUUGAGACUCCGUCAGAAGUGACUCCCUGCAGUCUGGAAUCGCAGCCAGUCAUCUCCCAUAUGUCUGUAAUGGAGGUGGCAAAGAGUGGCGUGAAUGCGGCACAUUGUGUACAGUCUCAAUCACUGUCACAGAACUGUGGCUCCAUUGGCAGUCCGAUGAGCAAAGCUGAAAUGGAUGAACCCGCAGAUAUUGAACACCCUUCCUCAGAGGAGGAGGAAAUGGCGAUGGAGGAGAUGAGCCAAGAUGAAAUUGAUGAACCUUCAGAUAUUGAAGAUUCCUCAGAGGAGGAGGAUGUGGCAAUGGAGGAGGAGAGUGCUUUGGGAGUGGGGGCUUCUUCAAAUAUGGGUUUAGUCCUCUCUCAAAACAAACUGAUGUCUUCUGGUGACAAGGAGGAAGCAUAUGGGGAUGAGAGCAUUGUUACUGUUGCAGAGAGCAAGAGAGACUCACAUGAUCAUCCCAAAACACCCUUGCAGCUUUCAAGAGCCAAUACUCCCGGUUCAAGCACAAGCAAGGUGUCAUCUACGUCCACUAAUGGCCAUGAGCUCAUGGUACAAGAACCAGAGAUGCACAGAAGCAAGAGGUUCAGUGCUAGCUCAGGAGAAAUGUCCUUCCAUUUCACACUGCCUAAAGAUGGUGAGUUCAUCGGUCCAGUUGUUGGAGCAACUCCCCCGAUUAUCAGCGAGUUGAAGGGGACGCUAAGGCACAGCACUCCCAUUGAGACAUUUAAUGAGAAGACAGUGACAGACGAUGUCAGUGCUGAUGUGGUGAUGGCAGCCAAAGAUGAUGUUCUGGAAGAAUCUGGAGAUGAGUUGGCAGAGACAGGAGACACAAGGCUGAGUUUGAGAAUGAAGUUAGUGACCCCGGUUGAAGAGGGAAGCUCGGAACGAUUCAGUUUGCAGAAACCAACACUAUCAGAGGAGGAUGAAUCUGUUGCCAAGGUUACCACUGUCACCAAGGCUGAAACCAGUCCGUCAGUAUUCAGCCGUGUCAGGCAAGUGCACAGACAGCAGGAGGCAGAGGAAGAGGAUAGCAGUCUUCCAAGAGGCAACAACACACCUGUUAGAGGAGAGCUCUUCACCUCAUUACGAAAAAGAUCUCGGACAGCCUCGCUAGGAUGUGACAGCCUGCCCAAUAGCCAGUCAGAGGCUUUACAACUGGAAGUGUCGGCAGUGCCACAGGAGGCUGCUAGACAAACGGAAGCUGAGCAGUCUGAAGAGAGGCGAGGACCAGAGCUGUCUGUCCCAAACCAAAAGGACGCAUCCCAGCACACCUUAGACAACACCGUUACUGCUCACUCAUCCAACAAGGCAGAUGCCCAUAAGGCCAGGUCAAGUAUACAAAUGCCGUGCUCACCAGCAGGCAUGGGCGAACCGGAAACCUCAUCUUUUCGAAGAAAAGAUGGGCCCUCCCACCGCAGACACGUGCGUACCAUCCAGGAAGUACGGACCACCAUCACACGGAUCAUUACAGAUGUUUAUUAUGAGGAUGGCAAAGAGAUGGAUCGCAAAGUCACAGAGGAGAGCGAGGACCCAGUGGUGGACUGUCAGGUCUUGGACAAUGACAUGUCCCCGUGCCGCACAAUCAGCAGUUCCCUAACAUCUGGUGACCUUGGUGACAUCAGCUCCUUGUCGUCCAAAGCCUCCAGCCUACAGAAAAGUUCUGGGGGAGGGCGUAGCACCACCAGUGGUCUCUCCAGGCCAGAGUUCAUCAUGCCACCCAGUCGAAGCGCCAAAUCUGCCAGUCCUAAAAGGGGAGGCGGACAAAAACAGAGGGGUAAUAGGGGUCAAAAGGGAGGGUCAGUGGUCAAAAAGGACAGAGGUACCCCUGAGUCUGGGGCAUUAGUUUCAACCACCCCCAGAGGACGGGCUAAACGUGGUCGACCCUCGUUCAGGGGAGGAGGUGCUGGCUCAUUGCUGCUGCCCAGCACUCAAGGUCAGCCCCUGUCUUCCUCAGAGGAUGAACCUUAUAUACCUCCCCCACGCGUCCCCGUCAGCCCCACCGACGAUGAGGUCCUGCAGCACUCCAACUCCCCACGGUCGUCCCCAGAGGAGGCAAGCUCAGCCGGAAGUAGCUUUGUGGGACUGCGAGUGAUGGCCAAGUGGUCAUCCAAUGGCUACUUCUACUCUGGCCGCAUUGUCAAAGAUCCUGGCGAGGGGAGAUUUCGCCUGCGUUUUGAUGAUGGAUACGAGUGUGAAGUGGCGGGAAAAGAUAUCUUGCUGUGCGAUCCCAUUCCACUGGAGACCGAGGUCACCGCUUUGGUGGAAGAUGAGUUCUUCAGCAUAGGUGUGGUGAAGGGUUAUAAAUCAGAAGGCCAAGACCUCUUCUACAAUAUAGAGAGGGAGGGCCAAGAGGAGUGGUACAACAGGACUUCAGUCAUCCUCUCGCUGGAGCAGGGAAACAGAAUGAGGGAGCACCACAGCCUUGGUCCCUAUGAGCCCUCCACUCCCCUGGCCAAGGCCUCCGACAUCAGCCUAGAUAAUUUGGUGGAAGGCAAAAGGCGCCGCAGAGGACCCCCUGUGGGAUCAAACACCCCUGACCAAAGUUCCUCCAGCAGUCCGCGUAAAGCAGGCCCCUCCACUAAGAGAAGGCUGCGGGUGUCUGAUAACGAGAGCUCGCCGGCCAAAAGAAGCCGCAAGGGCGCCAGAACCGCUCAGCGGGCCGGUGUCUGUAACACGUCUGGCAGCGGCACAGAUGUGGCCGCGCAGCCAGGCAAUCUGGCUGAGACUCAUGGCCCAAUGCCUCAGAACACAUCUCUUUUCAUGGGCUUCGCCUUCAUGCUAACCGCCUCGUCUGAGAUGGACCGACUGAACAAUAUACUCAUUAGUGAUGAGGACGAUAAUGUUCAGACUGGCCCGUUUAACAAAGCAUACACUGAGUCCCAGCUACUGGCAGGUGGAGGCUUUGUUCUGCCAGACUUCAAUGAAGAACAGUGCAAGGCGGCCUACCAGAGUCUUCUCAUUGUAGACCAGCACUGCCGUACCAGGAAGUACUUGCUGAGCUUAGCCAGCGGUGUGCCAUGUGUCUCGCAUUUUUGGGUGAGAGACUGCUGCAAAGACAACAAACUGCUCAACUAUAGGAACUAUCUGCUACCUGCUGGUUUGGGACCAGAUGGUGCCAUCGUGGAAUGGCAUCCUCGCUGCAGUCCUUUCAAGGACUUGCAUUUUUUUCUGGUGUCUGAGAAGCCAGAGGAGCUUUGGGCCCAGCUUGUCACUAUGGGUGGCGCUUCCUCCUUCCAGCAUUUCCAUGCCGACAAGGACGGCUCUGACGUUCCUGCAGGAAAGUAUGAUGUUGUGGUCGCAGACCAUUCUUGCCCACCGCUCAUAGAGAAAAAUGUGACAUCACUUCAAGUGCCGCUGGUGUCUCCCGAGUGGCUCGUCCAGAGUAUUAUCUGUGGGGAGUGUCUUGGGUUCCAGAGCAAGCCUCAAUAUCACCACAAUUACUCUUCCUUGACAUCACCAUCAACAUCAUCAUCAUAAGAUACUGUACAUGUACGCUGCUGUUAACCGUUAUACUCACCGUUGAGCAUUUGUUCUGUUGCAUGCCUACUGUACAUAACUUCAUUGUGUGUUUUUAUGGAAGAAUAAAUGUCAUCCUUGUUUCGUUUUA